AUCCACGUUGCAAAGAGUGGCGGCACGGCCUUUCGCGAAGCACUUCUCCGAGGCCCAAAAACAGGUGAGAAUGCUCUGCGCUUUCAGCCAAAUUUUCCAUCUGGCGCCACUACCUUCAACGCCACCACUUUUGCCACCGGUCGUUUGCACUGGGCUUACACCAAGCAGAAUGCUUUGGAGAUGGGCUCUGUCGGAAUGGUUCCACAAGGUGAGUCUGCUUGGGAAUUGCAAGUACCGCGGCUGUUGGCGGAGGCAGCAGAGCGGAGCCGAUGCCGGAGCCAAAGGAAGCAGGACAGCACAAUGCUGCCCUGUCUUUGUACACUUCACUUCGACUUUUCCGUCGUCCAGCCCCUUCUGCAGUCCUUGCCGGGUCGAGUUCUAGGCUUCGCAAUUCUUCGAAACCCCUUGCAGCGCUACUUGUCACACUUCUAUUUUGCGAGGAAGUUAGAUUGGACGGCUCGACUUCGAAUCAGAAGCUUGGGUCCUGUCCAGUACUUGUACCAUCCGGCCGCGCUGCUAGACACACUGAUGGUUUGGCAGGAUGGCAUGGCUGGCACAGCCUGGCUGAGCGGCCUUUCGGUGCAUGUAGGUGCUGGGUCUACAAGGAAAGAGUCUGAUGAGGCGAGAAUGUCGGCAUUGUUCAGGAAUCGAACUGCAACACUGCAGCGCGCCGUGCGAAAUUAUCACAAACUCACCUUCGUUGGCCUUCUCGAGGAUCUUGACGGAUCUUUGCGGCUGCUUCGAACUGCAUUGCGCUGGCCACAAGCUCCAGAAGUGCAGCAACUAAAUGUCGGAACUGUCCAACAAAAGUUGCGCAAGGAAGAGUUGGUCGAGAUAGAGAGAGCGCUUCGUGUGCUGAUUCCCAUGGACUUGUGGCUUUACUCGUACGUCAGCGCGGACUUCCGGGCUCGUUUGGCAGCCUUGGAAGUGGGAGCCAUCUACUGCGCAGAAAGCGAAGUACCACAGGUUCAUCUCCCUUCUGAUGCUGACCUGGGCGGUUGCAUUGCCUCACGUGAAGCUGUCCAAUGUGGUGCAGAUGUCUUUGAAGGACAGGCUGAGAAGGAUCUGAGAUAG